AUGGAUGAGCCCGAGUUGGCCCUAGAAGCGAUCAACAGGGCCUUUCCUCUUUAUCGGUGCGGCGACGUCCACCCCCACGGCCGCACACAGGGACACCCGCGUCGCAGUCGAGGCCCGAAGCUGCAGGAAGAGGCCACCACCCCACGGCCUCCGUGUCCGCACCGUGGAGCGAGCCUCCUCCAGGGUCGGCGUGCCCACAGCCCGCAGCGCAGGCGGAAGCCGGCGGGCAGCGUCGCGGCGUGCGGGAUUCAAGGUCCAAACCCCAGCCCAGCCGUUCCCACAGCAACAGCCCGGGACGCACGUCACCACGCCGGCGUCGCUCCUCGCCCCGCCCCCGGGGCCGUGAACGCACGAAAAAGGGCCCGGUGCCCCCGCCUCACCGCCUCACCGCCUCGCGCGAGGCUGGAACUUCCGAGCGCGGGAGCCGCGGGUAGUGCGGGGGAAGACACGGCGCGCGGGCGUGCGGGCGUGCCGAGCUUCAGGCCUAGUCAGCUGCCGGCUGCUUCCUCGGCCGGCGCCUCGCUCCCGCGCGCCCCUCUCGGGCGGGCGUCCUGCGGCGUCCUGGCUGCUCCGGUCUGGGCUGUCUGGGCGGUCGCUUGGCUGCUGCUGGGCGCGGCGGUGGAGCUCGGCCGCACGGCAGCCGCGACCUCCGCUGACGGCGCUCCCACGGACGGUAUAAGGGCCACAUGUUCUGAAAUUAUUGUAAAGCAAGAAAUUUUGAAAGAUGGUUUCCACAGAGACCUUUCGAUAAAGGUGAACUUUGGAGAAAGUGGCGAGGACUUACAGCCCUGCCGACUAUUAAUUAAACAGCACAUCCCGACAGGACUUCUUGUGGAUCCGUACGAAUUGGCUUCAUUACGAGAGAAGAACAUAACAGAGGCAGUGAUGGUUUCAGAAAAUGUUGAUAUAGAAGCUCCGAACUAUUUGUCCAAGGAAUCUGAAGUUCUCAUUUCUGCCAGACGAGAUCUCCAGUGCAUGAACUGUUUCCAGGCCUUUGUGCCUGUGCACUGCCGCUAUCACCGGCCACACGGUGAAGUCGGAGAGGCCUUGAUCAUGCUCAGGAACCCAGAUUUGCUGAUGCGCUGUGACCAAGAGUUCCCAAUUUUGAGAUGCUGGGCUCAGUCGCAAGUGGCAGCUCCUUGUGCUUUGAAGAAAGAGGAUAUUUGCCAGUGGAAAAAUAUGAAGUACAAAUCAGCAUCUAAGAAUGUGACUCUGCAGGUCCCGGUGGGAGUGGCCAUUCAUACCCCUUUAGUGUGUUUUGUGACUCUGUUUGUUACUGUCCUGUGUUCUAUGCUGAUCCUUGUAACUGUUUUCAAGCAUGGCCAUUUUUCCCUUUAAGUUUCAUAUGGUAAAAUGCUUUCUUUAAAAUUUAAGAACCACUCACUGAUGACUAGGGGUAUUGGACUAGACCAGGCUUGCUACUUUUGCUUUUGUCUUUAGCUAUGACUAAAAUUGUGUUUACAAAAGAAAAUUUGGGAUCAUUUUCAGCUAAUUGCAAAAUCCCAUGCCCUAUUGUAUUGAAUAUUGACAAAUCUAAAUAUCAACUGCCAGAACAGGAAACUUUAUUUUAUUAAAUUAGAAU